GACGUCAGCGCGGCUGCUGUCAGUCAGACAAAGACAGUCAGUCAGUCAGGGCGAGUCUUCUUCACAACGUCACAUCAAAUAACAUCUUCACCGCCCGAAAGAGCGCGUUAAAUGAUCUCCAGCGCUCAGAUAUUGUGUAUUUUCCUCUCUACAGAAUGUCUCACUACACCGAUGAGCCGCGGUUCACCAUCGAGCAGAUCGACCUGCUCCAGAGACUGCGGCGCACAGGCAUGACCAAACCCGAGAUCCUGCACGCCCUGGACACCCUGGAGCGACUCGACCGCGAGCACGGGGAUAAAUUCGGCCGGCGCGGCCCGACGGACUCUAACGCCAACAACAGUACCACCUCCAGCACUACACCCACCUCAAACACCGCUAACAGCGCCCCCCUGGCAACGUCCUCCACCACUUCCACGGCGACGCAGACUCAGUUCCCCGGUAACCUAUCGCCGUCUCCCAGCAACAGUUACGCCAUUUCUCCACCCACGGUCUUACCCUCGCCGGUCUCUCUGGUCGCCAUGGCGCAGAACGGGCGGGACGCUUUGGCAGCCAUGCCCAACGGGAAGCUAUCUCCAAACCGUUACCCGGUGAACAGCGCGGCGGCUGUGAGGUCAUACGGGCUGGAGGCGUCAGAGGAGGACCUGGAUGUAGAUGACAAAGUGGAGGAGCUCAUGAGACGGGACAGCACGCUGGUGAAAGAUGAAAUCAAAGCCUUCCUGGGCAACAGACGCAUCUCUCAGGCCGUGGUGGCUCAGGUCACAGGCAUCAGUCAGAGUCGAAUCUCUCACUGGCUUCUCCAGCAGGGUUCAGAUCUGAGCGAACAGAAGAAACGCGCUUUCUACCGCUGGUACCAGCUCGAGAGGACCACACCUGGUGCCACACUAAACAUGCGGCCCGCCCCUGUGGCGUUGGACGAGAUGGAAUGGCGUCAAACCCCUCCUCCUAUAAACUCCGUCACCGGAAGCUUCCGUCUGCGCAGAGGCAGUCGAUUCACCUGGAGGAAAGAAUGUCUCGCUGUCAUGGAGAGUUAUUUCAGUGAUAAUCAAUAUCCAGAUGAAGCCAAGCGAGAGGAGAUCGCCAACGCCUGCAACGCCGUCAUUCAGAAACCAGGAAAGAAGCUGUCAGACUUAGAAAGAGUCACGUCUCUAAAAGUCUACAACUGGUUUGCCAACCGUCGCAAGGAGAUCAAGAGGCGGGCUAAUAUCGGGUCUUUUUUCCAAGAAGCCACAAUCCUGGAGAACCACGGGAUAGACGUGCAGAGUCCCGGUGGACAUUCGAACAGCGACGACGUCGACGCCAACGACUACAACGAACAGGGUUGUGAUGUUUCCUAUUUUGAAAAGAGAGGCGCGAACCGGCCCUUCGGUUACUACCGGCUGGAGCCAACGUCACCAACACAGGAUGAUGCUGCCAGUCACACAGACCACCAGGACCCCAUCUCUCUCGCCGUGGAGAUGGCAGCCGUCAAUCACAGCAUCCUCGCCCUAUCACAGCCUGGAAGCGUGGCCGGUGAAAUCAAGACGGAGGCAAUCGACGACGACUGAGGAAGGGAUAAAGCGGGCUGUGUGUGUGUGUGUGGCAGUUGACCAAAACAAUGCUCUUAUCUCAAGCUUUUAGAAUCUAAUAUCACCUCGACAUUCCUGCUGAACCACUGAACGUACACGGCGUUCAAACCCUCGCAGAACUCAAACCUCGUACCUCAUUCCAGUAACUCGAAUAGUUUUGUGUGCUUCCAGUCUGUAUAUUCCACUAAACGUGUUUUCAUCGGUUCUCACGGACUCUCCGUUCAGGAGAGAGGCCAGUCGGUAACACUUCCAUACAGUUUCUGCUUUAGCAUCUGUGACGGAUUGUGAUGUCUGUAUGCUUUAUUUCCACGACAGUCAGCUUUUCAUUUGAUUCGCGAGUCGUUUUGUCACACCGUGAUUGGGUGAAAAGCUGUUAAGAAGUCUUCAAGGUCACAUUUCACCACAACAUCAUUUUGCUUAAGCGAGUUUUUAGCGGCAUUUAGCUGUUUUGCAUUGUGACAUUUGCGUUGUCAAAAACAACCCUCACCUCAGCAAAUCUCAUUACUGUAAUGCAAAUUAAGACUGUAAUGCGUCGUAGUGUUCGCUGUACUGCCAUCAUGCAUGCCAUGUGGUGUUCAAGCACUAGAUUACAGUAUUUCUCCACUGUAGUAUGCGUCACAUGCAAAAUGUCACGGUGCUUCAGAAUGGUUUUGGGUGUAAUGUGACCUGAUCCAGUUUGAUUUGGUUAAUGCAUUAAGAAUUAUAAGUGGAAUGUUACCUUGUGCAAAAGUCUCCUGGACUCUAAAUGAACCUGCAGAGAGAGAGAGACCUCAAUUUACAGAGACGGCGCUUUAUUUAACACUAAAUGUCCAGCGUUACCCAAAGUGACUGUUCAGCGUUAUUAUGUUUGUAUUUAUUUAGCUUCUGUUUUGUAUUCAUGCGAAAAGAACCGGGACGUUACCCGUGUCUGUCCAGACGUGACAUCAUUCGGCUGAAGAUGACAGCAGUCAGAAACACGAUGUGAAGAGUAAACGUGCACGCUCGCUGUUGUUUUAUUUGGCCAGUGCAUCACGACGCUUUCGUUUUUACUGUAUGUUGAUAUCAUUUCUCAAGUGUUAAGAAGCCAGACUGACUCAUGCGUAUCUCCUCUCUGCUGAGAGUCUGAACUCUCGUCUCACAUAAGCUUGGAUCCAAAAUGUAGCACAUUUAACUCAGAAGAGAUUUUAGAUGAACUUUAUUCCUUCUUUGGGCCGCAUUCAUGAUGCAGGAGCAGAUGAAUUUUGCGAAUUGUUGGUAGAGCUGUUCUCAUCACCUGCCAAUCAAAAUCUUUGUUAUGCAAAUUUACACAGAUUUAUUGUGCUCACGUUUCAUGAAUGAAGCUCAUCUUACCUUGUACAAAUAUUCAAGUGAUAUUUAUGAAACGAUGCCAUUUUUGUUGAUUAAAUCAAGGUUUUUUUAUUUUUUAUUGUCGAACACUAUUAUUUGUUCAGAGCAGUCUCGUGUUAAUGUGUGUCUCAAAUACACGUGAAAAUCAAGCACCCCUUCGUUCUAAAAACACUAUUUUAAAAGCACGAGAGCCAUUUCACUUUGUUUUAGCUCACCUUAAACUAUCAUCGAAAGAAAACUGAGACUUUGCUGUUUACUUCAGCACACAGAAUGUGUUUCCAAGUGAGCCAUUCUAAGCCUCCGUACACAAAAAUCGUGCCAAACUACACAGCAUCGCUUCAAGCACCGGUGACACAUUAUCACAGAGACGCAGAAUAUUUACUGUCUGUGAUUUAAGUUUUUGGGUUGUAUCAGACCACCAAAUGUUGUUUGUUUGUUUGUUUUUCGUGAACCCUUCUGGUUUAAAGGGGCUGCUUUCAAUUCAGUUGUUCAGGGUGCAUUCUCUUCUUUCUCUGUCAAACAUGUCAUGACUGUAAAAAGAAACAUAGAUCAGUUGAAUCAAAUAAUGAUAUUGAUUUCUGUUCUGAAUCAUCUGUAUUUCCCUUUUAAGAAUUUAGUGCCUUUUUUGGACAGUAGACUGUUCUGUAAUUAUACUAUAGUAUAUAUGAACAUUUUUGUACAGUUUCUUUGUUUAAAAUGACUUUUUUUAAAACUUCUGUUUAUUUUAGUACUUUAUCUUCUGGAGAAUAAAAGUAUAUUAAUGAUG